AUCGCUGGCGCGCUGGACGGCGGUGCGGCGUGACCUGGCGUGAUUUGCGGCGCCGCUGCAAGGCGAGAGCGCGCGGCCGCGGCCCAGCGGGGUUGGCCGCCAGCCUGCCUGCACCCGACAGCGACCACUAAGAAAAAAAAAAAUGGCCCUGUUAGCUCAACAGAUACCCAGAUGGUUCAACUCAAUUAUACUGAGUAGCUUCAUUAAAGCCGCACAAAUCACCGCACACUGUGCGAGACCAGGAAAAAUAUUGUCAAGUGGCUUCUCAACUCAGGCUCUCUUGUCCCCUGAUACUUGCUUUCUCCAGUGGGGAAUUAAGAUUUGCAGGACUUCCUCCUCGUGGAAUAGUUUCCAGUCUGCCAACUCACAUGGGCAAGAGAGUUCUGGCCAAAGCAUUAUGUGUCCUUCAGUGAGUAACCAGCCAGAUGGAAGACCCAGUCUUGAAUCAGAGCUGCCUCUUGAAGGGCUGGACGACUUACCUCCACUGUCUCCAUUACAGCCAGUUUCAGAGGAGGACGCUAUUCAGAUUGAGGCACACCCUCUGUUGCCCCUAUCCUCCUUCACCCUUAGAGACUACGUGGAUCAUUCUGAGACUCUGCAGAAGCUAGUGCAGCUUGGAGUGGAUUUGUCUAAGAUAGAAAAACAUCCAGAUGUAGCCAACCUCCUUCUAAGGCUGGAUUUUGAAAAAGACAUUAAGCAAAUACUCCUAUUUAUUAAAGAUGUGGGUUUAGAAGAUAACCAACUGGGACCAUUUCUGACAAAAAAUUAUGCUAUUUUCUCUGAAGACCUUGAAAAUCUUAAGACCAGAGUAGCUUAUCUACAGUCAAAAAAUUUCAGUAAGACAGAUAUUGCACGGAUGGUCAAAAAUGCACCAUUUCUGUUGAGCUUCUCUGUGGAAAGACUAGAUAACAGACUGGGAUUUUUUCAGAAAGAACUUGAACUGAGUGUGAAGAAGACUAGAGAUCUGGUUAUUCGUCUUCCAAGGCUAUUAACAGGAAGCCUGGAGCCUGUGAAAGAAAAUUUAAAGGUUUAUCGACUUGAACUUGGUUUUAAACAUAAUGAAAUUCAACACAUGGUCACCAGAAUCCCAAAGAUCCUAACUGCAAACAAAAGGAAACUUACGGAGACUUUUGAUUACGUACACAACGUGAUGAAUAUUCCCCACCAUAUCAUUGUCAAGUUCCCACAGGUAUUUAAUACAAGAGUAUUUAAAAUUAAGGAAAGACACUUAUUUCUUGCCUACUUGGGAAAAGCGCAGUAUGAUCCAGCAAAACCUAAUUAUGUCUCUUUGGGCAAGUUUGUAUCAAUUCCUGAUGAAGUAUUCUGCAAAGAGAUAGCCAAAGCUUCAGUAAACGAUUUUGAGAAAUUUUUAAAAACUCUUUAGUUUUUGAUGAAUGUUUAAAUAUAUUCUUGUAAAGUAAAUACAUACAUGAAUAAAUAAUAUAUUUUUAAAAAUAAA